AUGCAAAAGAAUGAAGUUGGACUCCUAACUCCAAAGGAUCCAAAUGAAGAUACAGAAUGGAAUGAAAUUUUAAGAAAUUUUGGCAUUCUUCCUCCAAAAGAAGAGCCAAAAGAUGAAAUUGAAGAAAUGGUUUUACGUUUACAGAAAGAAGCAAUGGUUAAACCAUAUGAAAAGAUGACUCUUGCACAGUUGAAGGAAGCUGAAGAUGAAUUUGAUGAUGAAGAUAUGAAAGCUAUUGAAAUAUAUAGAGAAAAACGGUUACAGGAAUGGAAAGCUCUUAAGAAAAAACAAAAAUUUGGAGAAUUAAGAGAAAUUUCUGGAAAUCAGUAUGUGAAUGAAGUCACAAAUGCAGAAAAAGAUGUAUGGGUUAUAAUUCAUCUAUACAGAUCAAGCAUCCCAAUGUGUUUGUUGGUUAACCAGCAUCUUAGUCUCCUAGCAAGAAAGUUUCCAGAAACUAAAUUUGUUAAAGCCAUCGUGAAUAGCUGUAUUCAACACUACCAUGACAAUUGUUUACCAACAAUUUUUGCUUAUAAAAAUGGUCAGAUAGAAGGCAAAUUCAUUGGAAUUAUAGAAUGUGGAGGGAUAAAUCUCAAGCUAGAAGAACUUGAAUGGAAGCUAGCAGAAGUUGGAGCAAUACAGACUGAUUUGGAAGAAAACCCCAAAAAAGACAUUGUAGAUGUGAUGGUAUCUUCAAUAAGAAACGCUUCUAUUUAUGAUGACACUAACAGUUCAAACAGUGAUAAUGAUGAUACCAAAUAG